UGUAAACUUACCCACGUGCGUAGAGUGAGUGGACUGGAUCGGUCGCUGUCAUGUCAACUGGUGACUUGAUGAGAAAUUUACACUUUUAGAUGUCGACAGUUAGCCUGGUGUAGUGACUCCGCGAUGAAGAAAAAAGGCGACAAAGACAGGUCGUCAUCUUCUGUUGCGCAGAAAGAGCCCAAUGAUGCCACAUCUCUUCUGAAGAAAAUAACUCCCAAACUCAAAAGGUCUACAUAUGAGCUCACCAGUGAUGAGGACAAAUCCCCUUCGUCCAAGGUUACCUCUAGACAGGUCUCCACCUCAAGCCUCGAGAAGACAGCCAGUCGAAAGUCAGUUGGUGACGAGCAUGGACCAGACUGGUACGAGGAGCUCAGUGACAACCAAGUCAGUGCAUUCAAGGAGGUAUUCGACAUGCUGGAUUCUAGUCAUACAGGGACCCUGAAUGCUGACAGUCUGUAUGAGGGUCUGCGUCGCGUUGACAGUGAGAUCACAAGGCAUGAGGUGGAGGAUGUGCUGCGCAACCUCGACAAGGAUGGCAAUGGAGAAAUAGAUUUUGAUGAGUUCCUUUUUCACAUCAGUCACCAAGGUGACGAAGAAACUGGUGGCGAUGAACAUCAAGAACGUAGGAUGGCCUUCACCAAGCGCCAGCGUCUGUUCUACUCUGCCAUCACAGACUUUCACCUGAAGCGCACCAUAGAGAACAUUCAGAAGGCACAACAAACUCGCGUCAACCAGCCCCACGUGUUGAGCCACUACACAGCUGGGGCCAGGCUUAUUGGGCUGACCGAUCGCCAGCUGGCCAUCGAGAUGAAGAAGAUGCACAAGAACAUGAAGCAGCAGGACUCUCCAUACGCUCAGCCGCUGCAGCUGGUGGUCAAGGAAGGGGGGAGGAGGGCAGUCAGGAGGGCGAUCCGGUCACAUCGGAAGGCUGGGGAACAGCCUGUGCCUGCUGCAGCACCAGCAACAACAGCACCAGCAGCCAGCAGUGACUCAACCCAAAUUGCAACACAGAUGAGUCAUAUGAAGCAAAUGGCGAUGCAGUCCCCUAUCUGUAUCCCCAGUGCUGGGCCUUUGUCAGCUCAGGAUAUCCCGGAGGUGAAGGUCACCAUGUACAUAGAACCACAGAAGGUUGGUUGGUCGGGAGUAUUCAGCAAGUUCCAGGCCGCCCCCCAGGCCGCCCCCCAGCACGAGGUCAACUUCAACACAGACCUGAGGGAAUCUUUCAAAAUGCUGGCAGAGAGAGGGAGCAUAAUGUCCAAGCUACCAGAUGUGCACAAAAUUUUAGCCUUGCGAGACAAACUUGUUAGGGACAUGGAAGCAGUGAAGGCAUCAGAGGGCACCACUCCCGAGCAAUCAAAGCCUGAACUACCAACUGCAGAGCAGCUGAAGAAGUCAAGGCGCAAAGGUCGGCAGAUGUCCAAAGGGUGGACGUUAUUCCGGGUAGACAGGGACAAGGUGCCUCUCCCUGCCCUGAAGAUCAAGUAUAAACAUCACAAGCCUACCAUGGAGGACUUGCCCAAUAUCAGGGAAAAGGUGUCCCAGGCCAUUGAUGACUACUACGAGAGUCUACGGCAAGCCCACGUCCAGACUGGCUUGGACCACUGGGACAGAAUUUACUCCGACCGCAUCCGUUCCCACAAACUGAUGGAGAACUUCCGGGAGGUAUACCGAGCAUAUUCCCCACACAAGCAGGAGGAGGCCUUUGUCGUGUGUCCGUGGGUUCCCGGACCAUUCCGUCACAUCCCCUCCCUCAAAAACGGACCCCGCUGUUGUACACCCACCCCCUUCUGCAAGCAACAGGGUGGACGACAGACUCCUGACCAUGUUGACCGCAGCAGCAGCAGGCUGAAAAGCGGUCGGACGUCUCGCAGUGGACGCUCCUCCUAUGAUGGCCAAACAUCAGGGAUGAAAAACAGGCCAGUCAGUGCAUUCUGAAGAUUUGAAUUUUGUAAUAGGGAACCUACCGAUGUGUAGUUCAAUGAUGUGCUUUGUGCAAGUGUAUUUAUUGAUGUUGUUUUAUGUAUUGGGUAGAUUAAUGGGUAACAUUUUAGUCAAAGAUGUAUUAUGGAAAUAUUGUUUGGGCUUUUAAUAUUGUUAAUAUUUUCCAAGUAAGAAGAAACUGUUUGCUAUAUUGGAAAUAUGAAGUAAACUACACUUAUGUACAUUUAUAAUUGUGUGAAAAUUAUAUUUUUGUAUUUCAUUAAAAUUGAAACUUGA